UUGAACAUUGCAGAGGAAGCAUGAAGAUCUAGAUCUCAAAUACAUUGCCCGUCUAUUGAAUAUAAAAGAAGAUAAGAUUCCUUAUGUCUCUUUCUCUCAUUGUAUCCAUACAUAAAUAUAUUGAGAAGACGGCCAAGAAGGAGAGAAGAUAACAAGACAUAUUCUACGUUGAAAGCAAAGCCUUCUGGCCUCUAAGAAAAAUGACUGCCUCUCUUUCAAGAACCCAGUCAACGUACCAUGCUAGAUCUAACAGCUUGCCCUCUAGGCCACACCCACUCAGUUUAGAAGUUGGUGAGUAUUUGAGCAGACUGAGAUCCUCCGAGGACACCUCUACAUCUUCAUCAUCCAUCAGCCGAAAAAUAAGUGGCCUCCAGGAUUUGAACGAUUGUGUUAAUAAGUUGUUUCAAUUGCCUUUGACUCAGCAAGCUUUCACCCAGGAGCAGCACAAGGCACUGGUUGAUCAAGUAUUGGAUGGAUCUCUUAGGCUCUUGGAUCUGUGCAACAGUGCCAAGGAUGCCUUGUGGCAAACAAAGGAAAGUGUACAUGAGUUUCAAUCAGCCAUCCGAAGAAAAAGAGGUGGUGAAAUUGGUAUUGUGGAUGAGGUCAGGAAAUUCUUAGCCUCUAGGAAGACUGUGAAGAAGAUGAUCCACAAAGCAUUGAAGAACUUGAAGGGUUUGGAAACUAAAUACAUGUUUGACAAAGAUGAUGAAACUUUUGAAUUUUUGAAAGAGGUAGCAAAAGUCAAUAUCACUGUACUUGAAUCACUGUUUUCCUUUAUAUGUGGAUCAAAGGCACAAGCAAAGCUCACCAGCAACUGGUCAUUGCUUUCCAAGCUGAUGAGCAACUGGAGAAUAGCGUGCGAGGAAGAAGAUGAAAACGAAUUUGGUCUGGUGGAUUCAGCAUUGGGGUCCUUCCUUGGCUGCAAAUCAGACAACAACAUAAAAACUGAGAAUGUGCAACACAAGCUGCAAAACUUGGAGCUGUGUGUCAAUGAUCUUGAAGGAGGAGUUGAGUGCAUCUAUAGGUGCUUAAUCAAAGCCAGAGUUUCAAUCCUCAACAUCUUCAACUACUAGAAUUGAAUAUAUGUAACUGAUAUUUGUACAUAAACAAAAUAUACAUCUAACAAUCAUUUGGAUAUAGAAAUAUUUGGCAAGGCCGUUGAC